AUGCGUGUUCCGUACGUACUUCUCAACAGGACCGCUUACGCUGGUCGGCAUGGACAAAAUAGUUGUGGGUGUACCAUGGCAGAGAUGUCUAUCUCAUCGGAAGAAGAUGCAGCGUGUGUGAUGACAACGCGACGUCGAGACAUGACUAGAUUUGUACGCCCCAGCGGUGCUGUUCCAAGUGCCUUUCGACCUGGAGACUUGGAAGCCGACGAAGUCGAAGUUCCACUGCAAUCUGACGUUCACUUCGUUCAACUUCCACGAAGGAUCACUAAUGCGUUGGUGCGCUAUCGUCGGAUUGUAGUGAGUAGUAGUGGCGAAAUCAGGCCGCUACCAUACGAACCCAAUGAACCACUGCAGUCGGAUGAUUGCAAUACCGACGGAAUUGAUCCCGUUCAGAGAAGAAUCCUAAAUGCGCUGGAGAAAGAACGCGAUAGGAAUGCAUCCAACCAGAACGUCCCGGCUAUUGAGAGCUUGGAUAGCGAGGAUGCCAUGUGUGAGAACAAAGAGAAUAUUAUGGACAGUGAGCUUGAGAAGGCUGAGCUCUCUCUGACCGAUCAGAUUAGUUCGUUGCAAUGCUCGACAACAGGAGCUGAAGAGGAGAUGGAUGAUGAAGUUCAGGAAAUUGAUAUGGACCUGUACGCGGCUUUAGGAUUUACCCCCGCUCAGAUUGAUCGCUUGAAGAAUGCUCCACUCUGGGCUCCGCUCCCAGCAAAAGCACUCCCUGACAGUUCCGCUGCAGAAGAAGAAGACGACACUGAAGAGAGUUCUGAAGAAGGCGAUCAGAAGGAUCCAAGGGAAAGAUCGUGGGAGAUAGCUGCAAUACUACGACCACACAUGGUCAAAUACCAAGAUGGAUCUAAAGAAAAGGAGUAUGUGGUUAUUUGGAAAGAUUGGCCAUGGAAUGACUGCUGGAGUUUAGCUCCUGAUUGUUUCGAUGAUGGUGACAAAAAGUUGGCUGCAGCAGACACCAGGGAGCGCUUAGUUUCACAGAUGGCCGCUCGUAUGCAGCAGAGGGAUCCACAAGGUUUUGAACAAGCUUUCCCUAAAUUUGAUAAACGCCAUGAUUAUACGAGCUGGCACCGUGUGCACCUUCGCAUGAUUGAGCAAUCAAUCAAUGACGAGCUGGAAGGGCCUUGGGUAGCUCCAUUUAUCUUCAGAAAACUGGAUGAAUGA